AUGACGCACAUCGCAACCCAAAAGAAAGAACCUGAGGGGAUAUCAUUAGAGAUGUUGAAUCCCGGCGCCCGACCGUGGUACCCAUCAUGUGAUGGGGCGCUUGGUGUGCAUGUGCCGCCAGUGCGUCGGCAGAAUGAUCCGUACCAAUUUACCGCUGUGCAUCGGCCGCCCACACCGCUCUGCGGUGACAUGGAUCUCAAUACCAUCCAGCUCGAUGCACUCGGCAGCGCUGUGGCUCCCGCGACUCCUGCACCCGCGACGCCAUUGAGGAAAGGACCAUAUCGCAGCACAAUGCUUCUGGAACAAGACGUUACUGCGAUCUUUGAUUUGUGCAGGAAGAAGCAGCCGUGGAAUAAAAACGGAUGGAUGCCGGGCUCUGGAACGCUGCGCGUUAGCUCAGGCACACUCUCGUCGCUGGAGUCACAGGGCGACUCACAGGAAAUCCUCUUGACACAGGAGGAGACGUGUUGCAGAGCGGCAUCACGCACAGUGACGCCCAAAGUAUCCAUUCCUCUUCCCCGUUCUCAACGGAUUGCCGAGCUUCGCCCAAACAAAAUUGCUGCUCCGAGGGUUUUCACCCCUUCGGAUCCGCCAACGGCGUUAGCGACAGCAAAUGCAAAUAAAACACCGACAACACCAGCAAAGCAUAUUAUCACCAAUAACGUGAUCAAACCCACCACAGUGACUUCGAAUAUGGAUGAAAAUAAUAAAAAUAAUACGGAUAAUAAGCGCCCUGCAUUCAAAAAGGAUGCUGUUUAUGAUUCUGAUGAUGAUGAUGAUGAUGGGGCCGAAAAUCAUGAAAACGGGAAUAAUACCCAAAGCAGUUCUAAUGAAGCCGUUCAAAACAGGAUACACGAGGAAGGUUCAAAGCCGCAGCCGCCGUUUUCUCCACUGUCGGGAUCUGUUACUUUUACAAAGAAGUCUAAACCAAAGACAAAGCGUGAUGAAAAGUGGACGAUUGUGCAGGGGAAAACGGGCACCGAUUCCGCCGGGGCGGCGGCGGUGGCAUCACUGAAGAAGUCUGCUUCAUUGACAAUUCCUGGGAAGGUGCGGGAGAAUGGGGCCGUCGUACGACUUCCAGGCUGGCAAACAGCGGAAAAAGGAAAGAGCAAACAGUGCCAACAACAACAACAGCAGCAGCAGCAGCAUAGGGAGAAGGAGGAUGGGGACGCCGGAAAAGAUGAGGUGAUCAUUGAGGCAAAGGCAAAACGUUCACGGGAUUCACGUCGCACGAAGGGGGAGAGCAGCGAUGAAGAAUUACUGGAGGGUCUUGUGAUUGGCGUGGCGCCUUCUGCCACAACAGUUGGUGCCACUGCAGCAGCGACAGCAGCAUCCACCAAUCAAGGUGCUCUUUCCACCGCUAGCGAAGGGCCCCCUGCAGCAUUUGCUAUUAUGGGAGUUCCGCUUGCUAGCAUCACGCGGAGUGAGCAACUUUUGCCUUCGUCACAGGUGAGCAUGCGACAAAAGAAUGCCCACCGAAAUUUCCUUCGCUCUUUGACCGUAUCCGAGGCGUCAAAUGUAAAGACGCUCUUGUUGCAGCGUGCGCUGCGACUUUUACCUGAGUCCAGCUACCACCAGUGCCCAGGAUUGGUCUGUGCGAUCCUUCUCGAGACGGGUGAUAGCUGCGUUGACGUGGAAAAGAGCCUGCAGACCUGUUACAAGGCUCUUCAUCUCGCGGAGAAACAAAAGCUUGACCUGUUUGAAAUGCUGUCCCGUCUCGCUAUUACGCGUACCUUUGCCCGUGUCAUUGACACCAUGGAUGCACGCAUCAACCUGACACGUGCGGCAACGAUUGCUAUUGCCAAGAAUGAAAAGGCUGCGCUUGGCUGGAUCGCGAUGCAAAUGGGCGUGACACUCGAAAUUACUGGCCUGUUUCCCGAGUCCCUUGCCUGGUACGAGGUGGCGGAUCAUCUUGCUCGAGCCACCGAGCAGCCUCAAUUGCUUUGCGAUAUUUAUUGCUGUCAGAGCAUUGCCUUCUCGGCAAUUGGUGAGCUGGAACGGGCACAGCAGGCCUACGAAUCAUCGCGUGCACUUCUUCCACUUAUUCCGCGUCAUCGUCACCAACGACCACUGCAGAACUAUGCCCAGCUGAAAUGCCAGCUGGGUGAUAUGCUAUCUGCUUUGAGUUUGCAGGAGACCGAGCUCGAGAUUGCCAAGGAAUUUGGAGACACACGCGCGACAUCGCGUUGCAUGGGUGCCAUUGCCUUGACGAAACGCUUUCUUGGCCGCUACGAUGAGGCUGCUGAAAACUACAUGGAGGAACUUUCCGUAUACAACGCUCAAGAUCCAAGACAGACGAUUGAAUCUCUGACGGGUGCGGCUGUUUGCUGGCGGUUGGGCGGCCACCUACAAAAGGCGUAUGACUACUGUAUAAGGGCGCUACGGCAAGCACAACAAUGUCAGGACUUAACGACGCUUGCGAAGGCGUUAGUGGAACUGGCUGAGGCAGAGUUAAGCCUCAACCUAUUGGAUAAGGCACAACAACACCUGCACGAGUCUCUGGCAACUGUCGCGCGUGUUGAUGAGGCGGAACUGAAACAAUACCUGGUGAAGGCAGCUCUUUGUGAAGUGGAGUGGCGCUGCUGCAGCAUUUUGGAACAGGUACACUUUCGAAAGAAUGAGGCUUUUGAGGCCCUUCAAUGCUCCGAUCGUUGCCACGUACCGAAUACUGCUCAAGUGACCCGUUUGCUAAUGCGCCGACAACGGCGAGCGGGUGUGUUUUCAGAGACAAAGGACGCAGAGCUUGUCAGCCGAAGUGCCGUCGAAGGGCUUUUGAGGAGUCCGAUGAUGCGUGGAUGGCGAAUAGUGUGUUACUCGCUUCCGUGGAACGAGGGGCUGGACUUUAUGGCGUAUGUCCUAGGCCUGGAUGGCGAUGGAAAACUGACUUGUGUGGGAAUUCCUUUAACCUUGCAGGAAGAGAUAAUUGCCUUUAUGUGUGCCCCUAACGCCAUUUCAAAGCUGCUGGACGCGCCCAUGUACACGGAGGAUGGGGUACGCAUAUACGGGGACACCCCGCUCUGGCCGCAGCUUUACUCAAAAGUGGCUUUUGAUUUUUCCCAGUCUCCAGAGAAUGCUGAGCGUGUGAAGUCACUUGAAACCGAUGAAUUUUAUUGCUUGAAACUCUUACACGACAGCUUCAUUAAACCCUUGGAAGUGAAACUGGGCGACGCUAGUGGGCUGAUGUUUGUUGGCGACGGCGUUUUCAGCCGUCUGCCAUUUCACGCCUUUUAUGAUGGGCAGCGAUACCUUGCGGAGCGCUUCUGCACAAGCAUGUGUUGCUCCAUGGCGCUUCUUUGCACGCACUUUGCAGACGCGAUGGCGAUGGAAGGGAAGGAAAAGGAGGCCAGGCGAUGCACCGUUGUUGACGACGCCGCGCACUCCUCAGUGUUGUUGGACGCAUACCUCGCCAAGGCAGCUGAAGAGGGCGUCUGCGUGCGUCGUGUGGUGAUAGACGAGGACCUCGCAGCGUCGGGCGUGGAAACGACGCGUGAUGAGCAGCUGGGCGAGGAGACCCGGAGGAUUGGCGAUGCUCAUGACGGUGAGGAUGAAAAGGACGAGUUGCCAUCGGAGGACCCGGAUAUCGCCGCGACGCAGCGGCUUCUUUCCGCUUUGCACCGCCGCGGGAAGGUACGGGGUGUUCGUAACGCUCUCUACCGUGCGGUGCACGAGGAGGCCGCGGAGGGUGGUGUGCUCGAGAUACGACUUCGGGCAAUGCCGGAGGUACGGGAGGAUUACUGUGGCAUGUUCGUUGGAGCCUCGAGUGAUGUCAUUGCGAGCCAGUCAAGUGAAAUCGCCAACACGUGGGAAAUGCGCCCGUACGCACUCGUUAUUUGCACCGGUGUUGGGACUUACAGCGGGUUGUCCAUCCAUGAGACCGGCAUCCCCGUGUACCGCUCGUUGCAGUACGCGGGGGCGUGCCGCAUGUUGAUCGCCAUCAACAGCCGUCUGCCGACGAGCGAUCGUGUCGCAGCGGCGGCAGUGACCGCCUCCAUGGCGAGCGGGUGCAGUGUGGCUGCCUCUGUUCGGGAUGCAUACCUGCAAUGUAUCGCCGACCGCACACCUUUGGAGGAGUGGGCCGCCUUCUCCCUCCUCGGUCUGCCGUGA